GAUCGUUGAUAAUCGCGAGACAAAAGUCGAGCCGCGCUCCAUAUAGAAGCUCAGUGGGCACUCCGUAAAAACAGACUGCGUCGGGUGCUCUGAAUAGAAGACUGACGACCGGUUUCUAUUAUAUGCAAGUGGUCUAUUAAUUUCCUGGCCAUAAAAUGACCCCUAAUAUGGAGGAGGAGGCCUGGCGGGUGUCCGGAAUUUCGAAGAACUAUCCCAGCUAUCGCCAGCAUCAACCUGCCACAGUGGAGAGCUGGCUGGAGGGCAAACAUUCGGACGAUGGGGCCGAAGGUCUCUGGCGCAUUAACGAUAAGCUAUACGACUUGAGUGACUUUGCCACGCGGCAUCCGGGUGGCGCAUACUGGAUCGAGUGCACCCGCGGCACCGACAUCACCGAGCCCUUCGAGUCGCAUCACAUUGAGGACCGAGCACGACAAUUGCUCAGCAAAUUCGAAGUGCGGGAAGCAGCCCAACCAAGGAACUACAAGUUUACGUUCGAUCAGAAUGGUUUCUACAUGACUCUGAAGCGGAGAGUGAGAGAGAAACUGAGGAAGAUGAAUUACAGUCCCACAAAGAAGACAGAUUACCUCCACUCUGGUAUCCUGGCCUCUGUCUUUAUGCUUAGCUGGAUUGGCACAGUCCUUAACUCUUUGUUCGUCCUGUCCAUAGCUGGCUUGGCACUUUGCUGGCUGGCAAAUGCCGCGCACAAUUACUUCCAUCAGCGCGACAACUGGCGGAUGUACACCUUCAAUCUGACGCUGAUGAGUUUCAGGAACUGGCGGAUCUCGCACGCUCUAUCCCAUCAUGUGUAUCCGAACUCUCUGCACGAUCUGGAGCUGUCGAUGUUUGAGCCGUUCCUGUGCUGGGUUCCCAAUCCUCAUUAUGGCAGUCGCAUUAAGCGCUGGAUAUCGGUGGUGGUUUCUCCACUUUAUUAUGUGCUCUCCUUCUCUAUGGCGUUCCUGCAACGUUUGGUCAUCUCACUGGCUAAGAAGAACAUAAUGUACUGGGAUGAUCUCAUUGCCUUUACUCUGCCCCUCUUCCUUUAUCUCUCCACUGGUGUGGGUCUGAGUGCUGCUCUGUGGAACUGGUUGCACGUCCUCGCCGUAGGAGCCUUUUUCUUUGGGUUCAUUGGACUGACUGCAGCCCAUCAUGAUCCUCGCAUACUGCACGAUGGCGAUGCCCAACGCACGGACCGAGACUGGGGUCUCUAUCAGAUGGAUACGGUCAUCGAUCGGCGAGACGUCAAGUGGUCGGAUCUCUUGGUCCUCACCCACUUCGGUGAUCAUGCGCUUCACCAUCUCUUCCCCACGCUGGACCAUGGAGUGCUCAAGCACCUCUAUCCGGAGCUGAAUCAAACGAUUCAGGAGUUUGACGCAGAGUUAAGAGAGAUGAACCACUGGGGACACAUCAAAGGGCAGACGCAGCAACUCCUACGCAUGGAGGCUAAUCCCAUGCCUCCAGGCAGUAAAAAGUUCAUGUAGUUUGGGGAGGAACGUGGAUGUGUUCUCCGGGUGCUCAUGAAAAAAAAUUUAGGGUUGGGUAGUAAAUAAAGUUGAAUGGUAUUAAGACUCAAACACCCAGUUUCAAAGAAAUACACAUUCUUCAUGAGGGAAGGGGAUGUCUGCUUUGGAAUGUGAUAAAUGGGAUAUAUGUAUAUGUACAUAUAUAAUUAGCCUUUAAAUAUUUUUAGAAAUGUAUGCAAACCAAGUCUGAAGAUAUAUGUUGUCAUCUGUUCGAUGGUGUAAAACAUGACCAUCUAAAUCUUGUAUUAAGCUCGCUCUCCACAACUCUCUCUUCUCUGGUCUUAUCGCCUCAGGGAAACAGUGAUUAAUUGGUAAAAAGCUUUCAUUCUCUCAUUAUCAUUCUGUUUAUAUUUAAUAAAAGCUCUAUCCACUUCUGGUUUGUUUAUGUA